AUGCCACAGGCUAAGGAAAUUGAUGAUAUCAAUUGGCUGUCCAAUUCGAACAAAAUUGGAUAUGGAUACAAUCCUAUACGAGGUGAUCCUGUCUGCUAUACGGGUGAUUGUCACAUGAGUGGAUUCGGUCGAAGCAUCUUCCAGUUGGACUAUACAAAUCCACCACAAGGCUCUUGCACGACAAAAUUGAUUCCAAAAAAUGUCGAACUUGAUUGUAUUCCAUCCACAGAACCAAAACUUGAACUAUCUGAUAAUUUUCGUUAUGUCAUACAAAAUCUUCCAGCAACUGGCACAUACACAUCAGCUGUGAAGAAAUACAUUCAGGACUACAUCAUCAAUUAUUUUGGCUUUACGUAUAUCACUGAAUUAUUGCUUGGUGGGAUUGCUCAAAUGACAACUGUGAUAAACCAAUCAUCUAUUGUUCCAUUACAACAGGAAGGUAUAAGUGGCACAGAAAUGGUUCAAUUGUCAUUUAGCAAAAUAUUUAAUUUCAACUACAACGAAAAUGAAAUGAAGAACUUGAGCAAAUUUGAAACAUUUCAACGCUAUGUUAAAUCAUCGAUGGCAACCAUUAUUGGUGGUGAGAUAUACAAGAACGAUCAAAAGCUUAAUGAAUGGUUUCAGACAAUUCCUGACAAUCCAGUUAUAAUAAAGUUCACCAUUCAAUCUAUUUUCGACUUGAUUACACCUGAACGUUUUCUCAAUGACACUAAUAUUCAAGAGAAAGCAGGUUACAUCAUGCAAGCACUAGAAGAGUAUGUCAACAAGACAUCUACAGUCUAUUGUGAAAAUCAAUGCACAAAUGCAGCACAGGGUACCUGUCAACCAUUGGGUGCCUAUGCUUAUGGUAUAUGCGUUUUUAUGACUGUUGUCAUUGAUAUCUUUCGUAUACAACGAGCCAUUUCAUUUGUUCAAGCCUUAAGUCGAGCUCGAGCUGCUACUUAUAUUGUAUGGAAAAUUACUGAUGAACCAUCGAAUAUAAACAACUAUUUAGAAAUAGGUCUCAAAAAAGAUGAUCUCAUUGGUGAUAUUCAUUUUUCAAAUAUCCAUUUUUCUUAUCCAUCACGACCUGAUGUUCCUAUUCUCAAGGGACUGUCAUUCGAUGUUAAGCGUGGUCAAACUGUUGCACUUGUUGGUUUAUCUGGUUCAGGAAAAUCAACAUGUAUACAAUUAUUACAACGAUUCUAUGAUCCUUCUUCUGGUUCAAUUUUAAUUGAUGGAAAACAAAUCAAUGAAUACAAUCUCAAAUGGUUAAGACAACAUAUUGGUGUUGUUAGUCAAGAACCAGUUUUAUUUCAUACAACUAUACGUCAAAAUAUCUUAUUGGGUAGUGAUUCAGCUACUGAUGAAGAAAUGUAUCAAGCAGCUAAAAUGGCUAAUGCACAUACUUUUAUCAUGACUUUACCCGAUAAAUAUGAAACUAAAAUAGGUGAACGUGGCGCUACGUUAUCAGGUGGACAAAAACAAAGAAUUGCUAUUGCUCUAGCACUUAUUCGCGAUCCCAAAAUUUUACUUCUUGAUGAAGCUACUAGUGCCCUUGACAGUGAAAGUGAAAAAAUUGUACAAGAAGCUUUAGAUCGUGCUGCUCAAAGUCGAACAACAUUAGUGAUUGCACAUCGUCUGUCAACAAUUCGUUAUGCUGAUAAAAUUAUCGUCAUGCAACAAGGAGAAAUAGUUGAAGAAGGUGAUCAUGAGUCAUUAAUGCAAAUUAAAGGUGUAUACUACGGACUUGUUCAACAGCAAAGCUUACGACAAGCUGAAGAAGAAGAAGAAGAAGAAUUUGAACAAAAAAAAGCAGCAGAAAUGUUCCUUUUUGAUCAAACUAAUUCAGAUUAUUUCGAUAUUCGAAGAAAUCAUGGCUCAACAAUAGUUAGCAUUAGUCCAUCAAUAUUUUCUUUAUUAUAUAGAAACAGAAACUAUACAGUAAGUGAAGAAGACAAUGAAAGUUAUCUAUUUGCUUGUUCUGGUGAAAUUCUCACUAAACGUCUUCGUUCCAAAGCCUUUCGAGCUAUUCUUCGUCAAGAAUCUGCUUAUUUCGAUCAAGCACAACAUAGUACAGGUGCAUUAUGCACACGUUUAGCAACCGAAGCAUCAGCUGUACAAGGUGCAAGUGACGUUCAUUUUGGUAUUAUUUUUCAAAGUCUUCUCUCAAUGAUCUCUGGUAUUUUUUUGGGAUUUGCUUUUUCCUGGCAAUUGACACUGUUGAUCAUGGCAUUUCUUCCAUUUCUAUUACUUGGAAGUAUUUCAAGAAUUCGUUUAACAGCAAGAUUUGAAAGGAAAGACAACAAGAUUUUAGAAAAUGCUGGAAAGGUUUGAAAAAUUAAUUACUCAAUUUUAUGUAAAUGCUUGGAUUUUAUGAUAAGUAGAUGAAAUCAUAGACACAAGUAAUUUAGCAGCGUCAAUAUUUUGCUACGCAGUACCAUUCUAUUUUUGAAACUAGCAUAAUAAUGACAAAUUCUAACUACCUAAAAUGUGUACUCUGAGCAAAGAUAUUUUUGUCUCUCAAAUAUUAGAUAAACGUCGCAAGAGAAAAUUCGAUGAUUUACUAUUUCGAAUUCUUGUUGUGGAAGCCAUGAGACAUGUUCUUCUAAUGAGUAAUGAACACCUUCGUUGUGUAAGUCUUUCUUUCACAGUGAAAAGUUCAUCAAUAUGCAUUCAAAUUUGUUGAAAGAAACGUCUAAUCUUAAGAAACUCUCGCAUUAAUCUAUGACAAAGAAAAUCAGUAACGUUGCUAAUUGAGCCACAGUGUUAAAACACGAAUGUGUAAAAUAGUGGAGAAAAAAAAUGCAUGAAAAGUAAAACAGCGAAUACGUCUAAUGGCGAAAACAAAUACAGAAUAUUUCAAGAGUGACGAGUGCAACGUAAAAUACGAGUAACUGACGAGAGAACUAUUUCAACUUUUCAAUCACAUUUUCUUCCAACAUAUGUGGUUGUAUGGAAUUAAUUGCGCUGAUUCUAUACAUCAGACUCUUACCGACUUGUAGUUUUCCUUCGAUGCCAUGUUCUAGUUUCUGAUCUUUUCCUGGCAGAGGUAACUUUUUCUGCCAGUACCCUUUAAACAGCAUAUCUCAUUUAUCUGAACUUUGAAGAGAACGGAACAUGUACCAUAUGAUUUAUUAAUUAUUUGCUUGUUAACACUACAGUUUUUAUCUAAUCUUUGAAUCGAUAACGUACGAAUUUUUAUUUUGUAUAACACAUAACUAAUGCCGGAUUUUUUUUCUAAAGUACUAACGACCAUUUUUUGAAUAACUUUUUGUCACUUUGAGCUGUCGAGCUGCGGUUUUCACCUUCCAAUAGAGUAAGGGAAGGAACAUUUUACAUAUAUAAGAUUCAUUCAGGUCGUGACUUUUUAUCAUGAUCUUAUCGGGACUGAAGAAUUUUUCGAUGUC